AUGAUCCUCAAGGUGAAGUACCUGAAUGUAAAGAAAUACAUCAAAAUACCCGAGCCAUGCAUGGACUUAUUCAUGAUUGAAGAGUUUUCUCUCAGCGAGUCCUCCAGCCUCACUGAUACAUGCUCAUUGACAAGCAGCCAGGAUAGCAUGGCUGAAGUAAGCCUCUGUAAACAAGCACGUUUGGAAGAAGAGUUGCUACAGAGUGUCCCAGCCAGAGAUCUUGUGAAAAAGGUGUUGUUGGAUAAACCUGGUGGAGCAGCAGUCCUGAAGGAGUAUGAGGACACUGGAAGUAUUUGUGACAGUUCCAGGCGACAAAUGGUCAACAUUUUAGCUGCACACAUGACUGAAACCGAAGGGAGAGUUCCACAACGGCUGACAAGGGAGAAAUAUGCCCUUGGUAUCAUAACCUUGUUCCCAUCUCUGAAAGACCCAUUGUCUAGGAAAGGCUAUGAACACUUCUAUGAUGCCCAAAGUGGGUCGGGUUUCCUGGCCUGGCGGCUGAAGACGAUCCAGAGGAAGACGAAGCUUCACUCUCCAACUCCAAAUAACCCCAAGACUAUGACAGGAGGGCCGACAUGCGCCAGGGACAUCGGCCAGGGCGGUGAGCAGGAUGAAUCGUGCAAGGAGGCCAUUUCCCUCAUGACCCACACGAAUGACGAUGACAUCAUCUUCCAGAAGAUGCGCGAAACCUUUGCAUAUAGGCAGAAACUUAUCCGCAGCCCAGACACUUCGGCCAGCGUUCUGUCGGUUUUCCCGAGAUUGUUGGACACGAAAGGAUUGGUUCUUCAAGAUUUCAGCCUCCUUUUUGGAUCAGAGAUAUCCACCAGGCUUCUUGAAAGGUGGCCUUCCUACAAGCCCAAGCUCAUCAAAGAAGCAUCGUCACUUGCCCAAACACCACUGUUGCAGCGACUGUUGCAGUCGGCCAGGGAGGAGCCAGUGUUGUCAUCUGCAGACAACUUGCAAGGAUGGGACAGUGAUAUGUCUACACUACUCCUGCUCUUGCACAUCCUGUCACCUCAGUCUACUGGGAGGAAGAGGACCUACAAGAUCAGCACAAGUCGAGCAAUGGACAAUCUCGUGGUGUUUCACAAGUCAUGCCAGAGCCUUGAUGAGCACCUUGAUGCAGAUGACCGUCGACAGCCAUAUCUGCUUGCUUCAGGACUCCACAAGAAAGCCAUCAGCAACUACUACAUCGUCAUGGAUAAGAAGCUAAUUCCUUGCCAAGGAAACACUUCUCUGGCGGCAUUCGACGAGCUCUUCAAGGUCCAUUUUGUUUUCAGUUUGAGCUAUGAUGAGAGUCUCCACACAAUGUUCACCUUCCUUCAGACCACGGUGUACAACAUCGACGUGGGAAGUACCAGAGAGUCUCCUAAAGUAAGAGAACUGAGAGCAAAGCUGAUGAAUGAUCAUGUUUAGGUGCUAUGUUUGUAAGUCACUUCAUAGUUCAGGAAGUUACCUGAUACAACACCUUAAACUUUUACAUGGCUUGUAUCCUGGCAAGAAGUUAAAUUUGUUAUGCGCACAGGAUGGUUGCUCUUUGGAGUUCAAAAGUUACUCUGGUUUCCGUAAGCAUCUUAAACGCUGGCACAGUGACCACAGUGACGAUGCUGAACCAAGUUCUUCACAUGAACUAUCCUUUGGUACGCCGGCUCUGCCCCUGGAUAGAAGUUUCUCUCCUGAGGAAUCUUUGAACUUGCCUCAAAACUUGAGUGAAAAUGGACAUUCUUCAGAAUGCAAUCCGAAUGGACGCUCUGUUAACUCAAAAGACAUGUGUGGUGCCAUUAUUUCGAAGUUACAAGGCGGUGGGUGUUCAACCAGUUUAAUUUUAUCAGUCAUAGAAAGUAUGGAGGAAUAUGUCGACUACAUGCACAUGGACAUCAAGGAUCAGGUCUUAGAGGUUGUUCCAGACUCUAACCCAAGUAGAGAGCCAGUGGAGGCUGUGUUUAACCACUUAAAAAAUCAUUUUUCUGAUCUCAACACAGAAAGUAAAUGGAGCAAAUAUUUCUGUUCAAAAUGGGGAGUUGUACAACCUGUAGAGGUCCAUUUAGGAGUAAGAUAUGACUCUAAGAUAAACAAAGUAUCUGGGCUUUAUGAAC